UGCUUGACGUAAGUGGCUCAGUUGCAUUGUAGUAUUCUUCCAGUGAUGAUGAAAAAAAGUCCGCGUCUUCAUCUGAAAUAGUGAUUGAACGGAUAUCGAUAGAAGAACAUGGAUUUGUGGACGGUAAUACUGACAAUAGCGGUGGGUGCAUUUUGCGCGUAUUUAUUCUUCACUCGCAAUCAAAAUUACUUUAAGAAACACGGUAUCCCUUACGUGAAACCAAACCCGAUCUUCGGAACGUUGACUGCAGCAAUUUUUCAAUUCAAGACGUUGCCCGAAGUGAUUGAAGAAUCGUACCAAUGUCACCCCGAAGCCAAAUACGUCGGAUGUUUUGACUUUACAACCCCGGUAAUUUUGCUGAAGGAUCCAGAGCUGGUAAAAUCCAUCACAAUUAAGAACUUCGACAGUUUUCCUGACCACCAGAUGUUCGCGGACUCGCCGACAGAACCACUCUUCCAGAAAAACUUGUUUGCACUAACAGGCGAAGCCUGGCGAGACAUGCGAACGAUUUUGAGCCCCGCGUUCACCUCCAGCAAGAUGAAAAUGAUGUUCAAGACGAUGUCAGAAUGCGCGAUCAACUUCUCCGAUUACUUAGUCAAGUCGGACUCCCAACACGGGGCUUUGGAUAUGAAGGACACAUUCGGGAGAUACACCCUCGACGUUAUAGCGUCAACGGCAUUCGGACUGAGAGUGAACUCACUGAAAGAUCGUGAAAAUGAAUUUUACCGGACGGGGAAGUCGGUGUCAGACUUCUCUGGUGUAAAAAUGUUCAAGUUCUUUUUUAUAAAAAACUUUCGAUGGCUUUCGAAGCUGUUCAAUAUCAAAAUACUGGACCGUGCGGCAGAGGAAUUUUUCUCAAACGCGAUAAAGACGACCAUUGCGACGAGACAGAAGGAAGGAAUCGUGAGGCCCGACAUGAUACAACUGAUGAUGCAAUCAGGAGACAGGAAGGAAAAAUCCCCCCUGUCUAUCGAGGAUAUGACUGCACAGGCUUUCGUUUUUUUCCUCGGAGGGUUCGACUCUCCCGCAACUACAAUGAGUUUCGCAGCCCGUCUUCUCGCUCUGAAUCCGGAGGUUCAGAAGAAAUUGCAGGCAGAGAUUGAUAGAGAACUUGAAAGAGGCGCGGGAGAAAUUUCGUACGAAAAUCUUCACACGAUGAAAUAUCUCGACGCCGUCGUCAGCGAGACGUUAAGGAUGUUUCCGCCCUCUGUGAUUAUGGAUAGAGUUGGAGACCAGAGCUUUAUCCUGCCACCAUCGUUGCCUGGACUCGAGCCAUUGCAGAUACAACCGGGACAAAACGUCUGGAUACCAUGUUACAGCUUUCAUCACGACCCGAAGUACUUCUCGGACCCGGAGAAAUUCGACCCAGAAAGAUUCAACGAGGAGAACAAGUCGAAAAUAUCUCCGUUGGUGUACUUUCCUUUUGGACUGGGACCCAGAAUCUGUAUCGCCACUCGUUUUGCUCUGAUGGAAGUAAAGUUGGCUCUGUUUCAUCUUCUUGCUAAAUGCAACAUAUUGCCAUCGUCAAAAACUCAGCCGCGGAUAGAACUGAAUCCGAAAACAUUCGUGCUAGAACCCAAGGAUGGCUUCUGGCUAAACGUUGAACCGCGAAUCAAGGAAGACUGAACAAUUAUUGAGUGUACAUACAUAUUAUGUGAUUUUCAUUCAAAAGUAACUGUAGUUUGAGAGCAUUGAAAUCCAAUUUUUCCCGUAUUGCAAUUCCAUGGCGUUUGGCAGAUUCAUCGGUUACUGUUCAAUUCUCUGACAAAAUUCUAUGUCAUAAUUUGAUGUACAAAUAAAUGAGCAUAUACAAUCA